UGUCAGUGACACAAACGAGGAGUAUUUGGAACUCGUAGCACGCAAAUGUCUCGUUGUUGUCGCUCGGCAAGUUUAAGUGUCUUUAAGGUUGAGAUACGUCGUCGUUGCGUUAGUGAAAUUGCUUAAAUUGAUGAAAUCAACGCAGCCCAAUUGAAGUGCACAGUAAUUUAAUUGUGUUUUCAGUGCAAUCUAUGAGAAAAAUGUCGUGCGCGUUGCGUUAACAAUAUGAAAAUAAAUCGGAAAGUGUGAGAGCGAGAAAAGAUAACUUAGUGCAAAUGUUUGUGCGGCCAGCUAAACUGAAUUAUGCUUAAAAUACAAUUUAUAUAAAUUGCCAACAAACCAAAAAUUAAUAAGUGCAACAAUUACAAUACAGAAAAAUAGCAACAGCAGCGUUUAAACAGUUGAAUGUAGCAGGACCUGUAAAGGAAACACAGAUAUACAAAUUCCAAUGGGUCAUCAAUUGAGCAAACGAACAGACGUCAUCGUUGCCAGCCAAAGCCAAAGCCAAAGCCAGAGCAGAACCCAUAGAAAUUCCAGAAGCAGGCAGACGAAUUUGGAGCAGGAGACGCAGCAGCAGCAAUUGCCAGAUAUUGCCGAAGCUGGCGAACGAAAAACGCCAAUUGCUGAGGAGGCGUUAGCAGAGGUGCGACAGAUUAUAAUUAAAAUACAAUUGGCCAAAAUGGAGGACGGCAACGACUGCGCGGAGCAGCAGCAGGAGCAGCAACAAUUUCCACUGUCCGAGGGCGUCGCAAUGUCUGCGGACGCGCUCAAUGCAAAUGAGCAAAUUUUAAGUGUGGCAGUGGGUGCGGCAGCUGGAACGGCGGGCACAGGUGCGAGUCGAACUGCGGGCAGUUCAACGGAAGCGCCAAAAACAAACGAAAGACAACUCGUGAAUAACAACAAUUUAGCGGGAAGCGUUGCGUCGGCGUCGGCUGCGGUCAAAAUGCUACAAUUGCACGACGACGACGAUAAUGAUGAUGAUGACGACGUCGUUGACGACGCCGAAGACGCCGAAUUGGAAAUGGCAAUAUCGUCGUUGCUGCGUCGGCGGCGUCGCAGCAGCAGCGGCGGCGGCGCCGAAGGCGUCGAGUACUGCGAGGUGCUCGAGCCGCAGCCAGUCAGCGAUAUGUUGUCGAGCGGAGCACAACGCGCGCAAGCGCCCAGCAGCAGCAAUAGCAGCAGCGGCAACAGCUGCUGUCGCAGUCGCAGCAGCAAGGCUCUGCCAACUGGCGCCGCAGGAACAAGCACAUCCAAGCGUCGUUGCUGCAAAUGCAAAUGUCGCGAUGCAUUGCGCGGUCUGCGCGGCAUGCUGGAGUCGAGCACGGCCAGUGCCAGUGGCAGUGCCGCCAAGGACAAAAAGGAGCCAGCAGCAGCAGCAGCCGCUGCUGUGGCUGCGCCUCGCACCAAGUCGCGUAGCAGCGCCGAUAGACGCUCCACCCCGCCCACGCUGAGCGCCAGCAGCGGCGGAGCAGCUGCUGCACGCCUGCAAACGCAUCGUCAGCGCAAUUCUGUGGCCGUCGCCGAGCCCAGCCAGCUGGCGAUUUGGGCAGCGCCCGCCAUGGGCGAUGUCAUCAUACGCAUCAGUUCCCAGCCGCAGCCGCAAUUCUUGAUGGAAUCAGCUGCAGCUACCGCAGCGUGCAACAAUUGCAAUGCGAAUACGCCCGUGGUCACCAUGAGCCAUCAGGGUCUACGUUUGGUUGCCUCCACACAUCCAGACCCUACUGCUGCGGCGGUGGCGGCAGUCCUGCCCGCUUUGGCCAUUGAACAGCCACGUUCCGCUCUCCCGCUGAAUGCGUACGGUGCCGGGGUGACGGUUCAUUCACAAAUCGAUUUUAUGCACUGCCUGGUGCCGGAUCUGGAGCGCAUCAUCAAUAGCAGCUUCUAUUGGGGCAAAAUGGAUCGGUAUGAGGCGGAGCGUCUGCUCGAAGGCAAGCCGGAGGGCACAUUUCUGUUGCGCGAUUCCGCACAGGAGGAGUUCCUAUUCUCGGUCACAUUCCGCAAAUACGGACGUUCGCUUCACGCGCGCAUCGAGCAGAGCGGCCACAAGUUUAGCUUUGAUUGUCAUGAUCCGUGCGUGUUUGCUGCUCUGACGGUUACCGGACUGCUGGAGCAUUACAAGGAUCCGUCGUGCGUGAUGUUCUUUGAGCCCUGCCUGACCAUGCCGCUGCAUCGCCGCCAGACGUUCUCGCUGCAGCAGCUGGCGCGCGCAACAAUUGUCUCCAAUACCUCAUACGAUGGCAUCAAUCAGCUGGAGCUGCCGGGUCGCCUGAAGAGCUACCUCAAGGAGUACCACUACAAGCAAAAGCUGCGCGUCAAGCCCUGCGAUGCACACACACCAGCCCCCUACUAUGCUAACAUCGUGCGGCCGCCGCCGCCGGCGGGCUUCUAUUACGAGGAUGUGGACAGUGCCAGUGACUGCGAUGCGGACGAUGAUGAUGAUGAGGCGGUCAACAUACGUGUCUCAUACGUGCAACAUGCUGAGGUUGUGGCACAGCUGCGACGACAGCCACAACAACAACAACAACAGCGGCAACAACAGCUGCAGCAGCAAUUGUUAAGGCUACCCAAUCGCCUGGUCGCCGCACUCGGUCGCCUGUCCGCCAAUCUCAACUGCUAUCAGCCCGUAGCAACAACGCUGCCAGCGCGCAACAAACGUGCCGCCUGAUGAUGUGUGUGCUAAAACCAAAAUCAACCACAACCUAGAGACAAUCCCAGUGCGUCGUCUGCCGAAGCCUACUCCAAAAGCAAACAAAAGCAAAAAAACAAACAAAACUAAUAUAUGAAAAAAUCUAAAUAUUCUAUAGUUAAUGCAAGUAGCCUUUAAAGCGUAAAGUGUAACCAUAAGUAUUACAUAUUCAAACUGAAAGAUCCUCUCCUAUAUACGAUAUACAUAUAUAGUAUAAUUUAUAUAUAUAUAUGUGUUUAUAUAUAAUUAUUAUCCAUACCAACUCGCUCCGCAUUUGUUUCCCAACGUAUUUAAGUAAUUUUGCAAUUUUGCAAUUGAAUUGAAUUUGUUAAAGUAUUUUAUAACUUGUAUAUUUGCAGCGCGUCCUAUUUAUUCAAAACUUGUAGAAUUUUAUGAGAAAAUUAAAUUAUUUGUACAUAUUAAAA